AUGAUGAGAGGGGUUCUAUCAAGGACGGCCACUCGCCUUAUUUCCGCGCAGACCAGGCUUUUUCAGAGGCAAAGACAAUCGGUACCAGGGCGAGGCUUUUCGACAACUGCCUCUAGCCGCGCGAGCCUGUCGGUGGUUUAUGGCAUCGCAGGACUAGCCGUUGGUGCCUUGUGCACAUCUAUCGCAUACCAUGGCCUAUACAGUCUGGAGGAAGGCAAGCCAUGCAAGGCUACGGUGAGAUACGCCGAUGGACCCACUACGCUUAGGGCGGCAAAAGAUAUCCAAGAUGCCCUUGGAGAAGAUGCCGUCAGCAUGGAUGCGGACGAGCUAGAAACGCAUAGCUACUCCGAGGCCUCCACAUCCAAUGUUGACACUCGACCCGUCGCCAUAAUCAUGCCAUCCAGCACGGAAGAAGUGUCCAUCAUUGCUAAGAUAUGCACCAAGUACAGAGUACCGAUGAUCCCAUUCGGCGCAGGGUCCAGCGUCGAAGGCCACUUUAGCACCCCCUUCUCGGGCUUCAGCAUCGACCUGUCCCGAAUGGACAAGAUUGUCGCGAUUCACGAUGAGGACAUGGAUGUCGUGUUGCAGCCUGGUGUGAACUGGGUGAACCUCAAUGACACGCUCAGGCCAUCGGGCCUCUUCCUGCCAUUGGACCCGAGUCCCACGGCCCAUAUUGGCGGCAUGGUUGCGACCAACUGCAGCGGCACGAAUGCGAUGCGCUAUGGCACGAUGAAAGACUGGGUGGUGAAUCUCACCGUCGUGCUGGCCGAUGGGUCUGUUAUCAAAACGCGUCACAGACCGCGCAAGACAUCGGCUGGAUAUAAUUUGAAUGGCCUAUUCACAGGGUCGGAAGGGACACUCGGGAUUAUCACGGAAAUCACACUGAAGCUGGCCAUUGUGCCUUCACAUUUCGGCGUGGCGACCACCGCGUUUCCGUCGGUCGCGGAUGCAACUAGGGCCGCUACCUCCAUGAUUCGUCGUGGAGUGUCUCUUGCGGCUUUGGAGCUAAUGGAUGAUGUGCAAAUGCGAGUGGUGAAUCAAACGGGCGGUACUGGAGGGAAGAUGUGGCAAGAAAAACCGACUCUGUUCAUCAAAUUCUCCGGCUCGGAACGCGCGGUUGAAGAUAGCAUUGCGGCCGCCAAGGCGAUUGCUGCCGCACACGGUGGUUCAAGUUUCGCGGCAGCUUUGGAUGAGAAGACCAUGGACGACCUCUGGUCAGCUAGGAAGCAGGCUCUUUGGGCCAUGCUUUCCGUCCGUCCUGAAGGAACACAGAUCUGGUCCACCGACGUUGCCGUUCCGCUCUCCCAUCUGGCAGACAUUGUGGAACAAUCGAAGGCGGAUGCCUCCAAGCUCGGGUUGUUUUCCAGUGUGCUUGGCCACGUUGGCGACGGGAAUUUCCACCAGUCGGUCAUGUACAAUCCGCAUAUUCCAGAGCAAGUGGAGGGAGUAAAGAAAUGUGUGGAUACAAUGGUGUCGCGCGCGUUGGAAAUGGAGGGUACAGUCUCCGGAGAACAUGGCAUUGGGCUUGGGAAGAAGCAUUGUCUGGAGAAGGAGCUCGGCCCGGUUACGAUCGAUGUAAUGAGGAGGUUGAAGCAGAGCUUGGAUCCGCACUGGCUGCUUAACCCUGGGAAGAUUAUGGAUCUCUGA